AAAAUCCUUUUUUUUUUUUAUUUUGUUGAUAGGUUGAUAGUACAUUUUUGAAUUUAAAUCUUUAAAUGCCCUCAGCAACGGAUUCUAAACAUGUUAUUAUAGGCCUAAGAAUAGGCCAAAGUUAUUCUAGUAUCGCAAUCAUUAAUAAGGAUGGAAGAGCAGAUUGCAUUGCUAAUGAGGACGGAGAACGUCAAAUACCUACAAUGGUAGCAUUUUCCGGUGAAGAAGAGCUUACUGGAACUCAGGCUAGAGUACAAUUACUAAGUAAUGCAAAAAAUACAAUUACUCAGUUUCGUAAUUUUAUCGGGAAAAGUUAUGAAGAAUGUAAAUCAAUAGCAAAUGCAGGCACAGCACAAUUAGUUGACAAAGAUGGACAAGCAGCAUAUAAAGUGGAAUUUAAAGGAGAAACAAUAGUAACAGUACAAGAAGUAUGUACAAAGUAUAUAACAAGCUUAAGAGAAAGUGCCGAGAAUUUUUUAGGUCAAUCGGUUACUGGAACUGUAUUAGCAAUACCAACUUAUUUUACUGAAGAACAAAAAGAUUCAUUAAAAAUAGCAACAGAAAAAGCAGGAUUGAGAGUAUUACAAUUAAUUAAUGAACCAAGUGCAGCAGCAUUAGCAUAUGAAUUAGGAUAUGUCGCAAAUAGUGGACAAAAAUUAAUGACAGUUAAUAAAUAUGAUGAUAGGACCGAUGUUAUUGUAGAUUUAGGAUCUGAUAGUUUAGAUGUUUCAGUGAUGUCAGUUAGAUCAGGAAUGUACACUGUACUAGGAACAACUCAUGGUCCUGAUCUUGGUGGUGCUGCUUUUGAUGAAUUAUUAGUAAAACAUUUUGCUAGUGAAUUUAAAAGAAAAACUAAAAUUGAUAUUAUGGAUAAUAAAAGAGCUUUAGUUAAAUUGAGAAAUGCUGUAGAAAUAACAAAGAAAACUUUAUCUUCUAAUUCAACUGCCCCUUGUUCUGUUGAAUCUUUGGCUGAAGGAAUUGAUUUUCAUGGAAAUAUAAAUAGGACAAGAUUUGAAAUUAUGGCAAAUAAAUUAUUUUCUAAAAAUUUGGAAAUUAUUUCCGAGGCUUUAAAGGAAAAUGGUCUCGAACCUCAAUCGAUUGACGAAGUAAUUCUUUGUGGAGGAGCUUCACGUAUUCCAAAACUUCAAUCGAAAAUACGUGAAAUGUUCGUAAAUCCUUCUACAUUAAUUCGUCAAGAUUUUGAACCCGAAGAAGUUGUAGCAUAUGGAUGUGCAUUUCAAGGUUCAUUAAUCUCGAAUUAUGCGGACACAUUAAUUAAUGACAGUAUUAACUCUUCAACAACUUUUACACCACACUUGUUAAAAUCAAUUGGAAUCGUAAAUGCUAAGCAAGAAUUUAUAACAUUGAUACCAGAAAAUACUCCUUUACCAGUUCGUCGUAAUUUUACAUUUUCAAAUUAUUUAGAAAAUCAGAAAGAAAUUUAUAUCACUAUUUGGGAAGGUGUACAAAAACACCAGGAAGAUGAAAAAAAAGCCGAAGAGGAAAAGAAUGAUGAAAAGGAGGAAGGAGAAGGAGAAAUUAAGAUACCACAACGUCCUAUAAAUGUACCGGAUAAAUUAUUGGCUGAAAUGGUUUUAAAAAAUUUACCAGAGAAAAAAACUAACGAAUUAAAAAUUGAUAUUACUAUUGAGGUGAAUAUAGACAAUAAGUGUAUAAUUAUGGCAAAAGAAAUUGCUACUGAUAAAAAAUUAGAAAUUGUAAUUGAGGGUAAUACAAAAUAAAAAGCAUAUAAAAUAAUUUACUAAAUUCGAUUAUUCCGUGUUUUUGCAAAAAUACAUUGAUCUAUCCGUAUACCCGUAACCCGUAUGACGGAUAAGCCGAUAUCGAUGGCUGGGUUGUCCGGAUAUCAAUCCGGUUAAUCCGGUUAGCUCCAAGUUAUCCUUAAAACGGUGUAAUAUUCAAAAAGGAAUAUUCAUAUAUGGAUAGAAUAAAGUGGCUGAUUAGCCGGAUAGACCCAUCUACAUUUUUCGCUUUAACAUUUUUAAUUAAGAAUAAGUACAAGCAGCAAAAUGAGGUCGAUAUUUAUUUAUUUUCUCGCUGAACUUCAUCAACGUAAUCAUAUCCAGAAUUUUCAGUUACUAAUUCGGAAAAAGGAUCUCCAGCAUCAACAUCCAAA